AACUAAACUUACUAAACCGAAUUAAACCGGUCGUUAUGAUUAGUUUGGUUCGGUUUUCGGUGGAUGAAUAUCCGGAAAGGGGGUUUCGUGGGAGAGAGAGAGAGAGUUGAAAAAUGGCGCUGACGUCACAGACAUGGGGAUACGUUCGGAUCAUAACCGGAACCAUACUCGGUGGGGCUCUUGGCUUCUACGUUAUGCAUCGCGUCGAGGUCAACUACAAGAGGAAAAUGGAGGAGAGAUUGAAGCAAUAUGAAAUGGAGAUGAUGAAGAAGAAGAAGGAAGAAGAAGAAGAGAGUUUUGGUGAAAUCAGAGAAGGCUCCAUGUAGCUCUAAUGUUUGUCAAAGGGAAUGUGCCUACAAGGUGUUCGACUAAAUGAUCAUGAGAGUUGUCGUUUUGUCUUUUUGAAAUUCCGGUUUGGUUCGGUUUGAUAUAAAAGAUUCGAGAUGGUUUGGUCCGAUUAGAUUUGGUUGACUGGAAACAUAUUCUCAAUAAAAUUCCUUGUAGUGUUAAUAGAAACA